CUAAAGCGGUGAUCGGGAGCUUUAAAUCCACUAAAAUUACUUUAAGAAACCAAUACACAAAAAGCUUUCGGCUUUUUUCGUAAAUCAUUCAAAAGUUGGCGCACAAAUCACAAUACUCUCUCUCCAUGACGACUCGCAAUUUCUAUUUAACCACCGCCAGAAAAUAAAAUAACGUGCAAACAAACACAAAAACACGAGUAGAGGAAAUGAGAAUGGCGGCAAGGCUGCUGACGUCACUGUCUUGCAUCAGAAACAAAAACAGCAACUUAUCAUCGGACGAAGAAAAAUGUGCGCAAGCAAUAUCGGAAACAAAGGCCUUAUUCACGGUGACCGGAAUGACCUGCUCCGCCUGCUCCGGCGCGGUGGAGACCGCCGUCAGACGGCUGCCGGGGAUCAAUGAGGCGGCGGUGGACGUCCUAAACCACCGCGCGCUAGUCGUUUUUUGUCCGGCUUUUGUUAAUGUGGAAAACAUCCGUGAGGCGAUUGAGGAUGCAGGGUUCGAUGCCGAAUUAAUCGAGGAGGACAUAAACAAGACAAGCACUCAACUAGUUUGUCGAAUACAUGUACAAGGCCUCGAAACAGAAAAUUCAAUCACCAUUGUUGCAAAUUCUCUCAAGUCACUGCCAGGUGUUCAAGAAAUCAACUUCGAAAAAGAGCUUCAAAAGUUGUCGAUUUUGUAUGAACCCGAUUUGACGGGCCCCAGAAAUUUUAUCCGAACCAUUCAGUCAUGCGGGUUUAACGCAACAAUGUUUUCCAAAAGAGAAGGACAAGAAGCUCGUCGAGAGGACGAGAUCAAACAGUACUACAGAUGCUUCCUCUGUAGUUUGCUGUUUACAGUUCCUGUUUUUUUAAUGUCGAUGGUGUUUAUGUACAUCCCCGGUAUCAAUCACGGCCUGGACGUGAAAAUAUUGAAUAACCUCAGCAUUGGCCAGGUUUUGAAGUGGAUUUUAACCACACCCGUCCAAUUCAUCAUUGGCCGGAGAUUUUACACCGGGGCUUAUAAAGCAUUGAGACGUGGCUCGGCAAAUAUGGAUGUCUUGAUUGCCCUUGGAACAAACGUGGCUUAUUUUUAUUCGAUCUAUUCGGUUCUGAGAACCGCUUUCUCUCCCAAGUUCGAGUCUAAUGAUUUCUUCGAGACAAGCUCGAUGCUCAUCUCGUUUAUAUUGUUAGGUAAAUAUUUAGAGGUUUUAGCUAAGGGGAAAACGUCCGAGGCCAUGGAGAAACUAAUGGACUUGUCCCCACAAGAAGCCACGCUGUUAACAUUCGACGGAGAUGGGAAUUUGUUGAACGAGCAAGAAAUCGAGAGUCGGUUGAUACAAAAGAACGAUGUCUUGAGAGUUGUGCCUGGGGCAAAGAUACCGUGCGAUGGGGUUGUUGUGUGGGGCCAGAGUCACGUGAAUGAAAGCAUGAUUACGGGGGAAUCGAAGCCGGUGGUAAAACGAAAGGGUAAUAUGGUCAUUGGAGGGACUUUGAAUGCGAAUGGGGUGCUUCAUGUUAAGGCGACUAAGGUGGGGCCGGAGAGUGCCCUGUCGCAAAUUUUUCGGCUGGUCGAGUCUGCUCAGAUGUCGAAAGCCCCUGUUCAGAAAUUUGCUGAUCUUGUUUCGAAAUUCUUUGUUCCUAUGGUAAUAAUUAUAUCGAUUUCGACUUGGUUUGCGUGGUUUUGUGCGGGGAAAUUGAAUCAGUACCCGAAAUCUUUGAUUCCGUCUUCUAUGAAUGGGUUCGAGCUCGCGCUUCAGUUUGGGAUAUCGGUUAUGGUGAUAGCUUGCCCGUGUGCGCUUGGUUUAGCUACACCAACAGCUGUUAUGGUGGCCACAGGUGUGGGUGCUACUCAGGGUGUGCUCAUCAAAGGUGGCCGCGCGUUAGAAACUACUUAUAAGGUGAAUUGCAUAGUUUUUGACAAGACGGGAACUCUCACUGUUGGUGAGCCAGUGGUAGUCAGCUGUAGGCUCUUGAAAGAUAUGAGUCUUCAAGAAUUUAUCUCUCUAGCUGCUUCUGCUGAGGUGAACAGCGAGCAUCCACUUGCCAAAGCCAUCAUCGAGUAUGCUAAAACUUGCGGUCUCGCCAAACAGAACCCUGUUUGGCCCGAGGCCCGUGAUUUCCAGUCCAUAACUGGUGACGGCGUGAAGGCACUCGUUAGAAACAAACAAGUCCUUGUUGGGAAUAAGAGUCUAUUGUCGAAUCACAACGUAACCAUUCCAGUGCAUGCUGAAGAAAUACUGGCAGAAGCCGAAAAGUCUGCUCAAACUGGAAUCCUUGUUUCGAUCGAUAACGAGCUUCACGGUAUACUUUCCGUGUCCGAUCCAGUAAAACCCGAGGCAAGACAAGUAAUUUCCAUUCUUAAGUCAAUGAAAAUCGAUAGCUUGAUAGUGACGGGUGACAACAAAGGGACUGCAAAUGCAAUUGCCAAAGAGGUCGGCAUACGUACUGUGAUUGCAGAAGCUAAGCCCAAAAGCAAAGCAGACAAAGUGAAAGAACUACAGGCUGCCGGAAAAACGGUGGCCAUGGUGGGGGAUGGCAUAAACGACUCGCCAGCGCUGGCGGCUGCUGACGUGGGCAUAGCGAUUGGGGCAGGCACAGACAUCGCAAUCGAGGCUGCUGAUGUUGUCCUAAUGACAAGCAACGUCGAAGAUGUGGUGACAGCUAUUGACCUCUCGAGAAAAACAUUUUCUCGAAUUCGACUAAAUUAUGUCUGGGCACUUGGGUACAAUGUCCUGGCUAUCCCGCUGGCCGCCGGAGCUAUUUUUCGGUGGACGGGUUUUCGGCUGCCGCCGUGGGUGGCCGGUGGGGCCAUGGCGGCGUCUUCAGUUAGUGUGGUUUGCAGCUCUCUAUUGCUGAAGAAUUACAGGAGGCCUAAGGUGCUGGAUAAUAUGCAGAUGGGUGGGAAAUUAUAAGGUCGAGACUUGAUGUUAACCUUGUAUUAGGGAGUUGAAACAUUAUGUUGUAAUAAAAUUAACUGAUUUAAUAAAAUAACAUCGGAUUCUGUAUUCUGUAUUUUGAAGAUGGAUGUUUAUAAGACAACAGGACAGUAAGUUGAGUUAUCAUUUUGAUUAAACUCAUAGGACAUGGAAAGACAUAUGCAGGUGAG